AGGACUGGCACAUCAGUUAAGGUGCAGUUGUUCUGCUUUUCAUUCUUGACGUGGCAGCUGCUGGACCAUGUGCUCUUCAACCCAGCACUGUGGAUCUACACUCCUGCUCCCGUCCAGGCGCGCCUAUACUCAUACCUGGCCACUGAAUUCCUGUCCGACACGCAGAUCUACUCUACUGUGCGGCGUGUGUCAACUGUGCUUCAGACUGUGCACACACUCAAGUACUAUUACUGGGUAGCUAAUCCACGUGCCAAGAGUGGUAUCACACCCAAGGGGCUUGAUGGACCACGUCCUCCUCAUAAGGACAUUUUGGCAAUUCGUGGUUACAUCCUGUUGUUCCUGAAGCAGCUGAUUAUGAUUGGCAAUGGUGUGAAGGAUGAUGAGCUGCAGAGUAUUCUCAACUACCUCACCACCAUGCAUGAAGAUGAAAACCUUCAUGACGUGCUUCAGAUGCUGAUUUCCCUCAUAUCAGAGCAUCCAGCUUCAAUGGUGCCAGCUUUUGAUGUGAAGCAGGGUGUGCGCACAAUCUUCAAAUUGCUUGCCGCUGAAAGCCUGCUGAUCAGGCUCCAGGCUCUGAAGUUACUGGGAUUUUUCCUCAGCCGCAGCACACACAA